AUGUCUUUUGAAAAAAUGCAGGUAGAUAGGAAGUGCGAGGAAGUCGAGGAGAUAGAAGUUCCUGAUGGUGGAUAUGGCUGGAUAGUGACAAUUGCUGUAUUUUUAUACAAUUUCUGUACGUGGGGCGCUAAUGCAGGGUAUGCCAUCUACCUGGAGCACUAUUUGCGGUACGACACCUUUCCGGGAGGAGGAAGGCUGGAUUAUGCAGCAGUUGGUGGGAUUGCCUUCGGAGUAGGUUUAUUGUUCGCACCAUUCAUUACGUGGGUGUCCCAUCGAUUUGGUGUUCAUGUGAGCAUCGCUAUUGGAAUCGUAUUCCAGGGUACGGGUUUAAUGCUAGCAGCAUUUUCUCGAAAGUUGUGGCAGAUUUACUUAACUCAGGGAGUUUUGAUUUCAUUUGGAUUGGCAUUCAUAUUCGUGCCCAAUAUCUCACUUCUGCCUCAGUGGUUCAGAAGAAAAAGAUCUCUAGCAUCUGGUGUUGCCGCGGGAGGAAGUGGCCUUGGUGGUGUCAUAUUCAACUUAGGGAUGCAGAGGAUAAUUGAAGUCAAAAGUGUGAAAUGGGCUCUAAUUGUGCAAUUUAUUAUGUGUACGUGCUUGAGUAGCAUAGCUUUAACGUUGACACGGACGCGAAGACAAGCUGUGUUUAAAAAAGACAAUUAUAAGAUCAAACUGUUUGAUAAAGAAGUUUUCUCCAGUCCGGGUGCUUGGCUUGUCUGUGGUUGGGUUUCUUUUACCAUGCUUGGGUACGUCAUUCUUUUGUAUUCUUUAUCAGCAUUCACAACAAGUCUCGGAUACUCUCCAACACAGGGGUCAUAUGUGUCUUGCAUGAUCAGCGUUGGAAACAUUAUUGGAAGACCCAUUGUUGGUUAUUUGGCAGAUAUGUUUGGCUCUAUUACCGUCGGAGUUGUAGUGCAUCUGGUUGUUGCAAUUUUUUCCUGGGCAAUGUGGAUACCUUGUAAGAAUAUGGCGACAGCGAUUGUCUUCGCUCUCAUAGAAGGAAUGCUCAUGGGGUCUAUAUGGGUACUGUUGGGAUCUAUUGUCACAAGAGUGGUAGGAUUGAGGAAAUUAGAUGUCACCUUUGGUGCACUGUGGAUAUUUGUUGGCAUUUUUUCGUUGCCCUCGCCCGUUAUAGGCAUUCAAUUGGCCUCUUCAGUACAAAAUGCUACUGCAUAUGUUAAUACAGCUAUUUUCUCCGGAUUUUGUUAUUUUGGAGCUUCAUCAUGUCUUUUCCUACUCAGAGGUUAUUUAGUAGCGAGAGAUGCCGCUUCCGAUCAAGACUCUUUGAUGGAUAAUGAUGAAGUUGCUGUCCCGGUUUCAUUUUAUAGUUUUUCAAAAGGUCUGAUCACCUUGAGAAGCUCAAAAAAGAGCUUGCUCUAA